AUGAUACCUCUCUGCUUCUCAUCAGGGUCCCACCCGUUGGACAAUGCAGGGCUCCUCUCUCUUGGUUCAUUUGCCUGGAUGACGCCCAUGAUAUGGAGAAUUUUCCAGAACCGUCUGGACCGAGGCUUUCUGACUCUCUCACCGCACGAUGGAGCCAGCACCAAUGGGAAUCGGAUGGAGCGGUUGUGGCAGGAGGAGGUGUCUCGUGUGGGCCUGGAGAAGGCGUCUCUGGGGAGGGUGGUGAUGCGCUUCCAGAGGACCCGCCUCUUCCUCAGUGCCAUCACCUGCAUCCUGCUGGCAGUGUUCAUGUUCAUUGUACCGGCUGUGUUGGUGUAUGAGAUCCUGAGAUAUGUUGAGACACCAGGGCACUUCUCUCUGAGUUUCGGUUUGGGAAUGUGCUUCGCCCUCUUCAUCUCAGAGUUCAGCAAAAUCUUCCUGUUCUCAUUGUCAGUGGCAAUCAGCCUGCGCACGGCUACACGCAUCAAAGGAGCGCUCUCCAUGCUCGUCUUCAGGAAGAUCAUCAACUUGCGCAUCAUCACCAGUGUGUCUGUGGGAGAGGUCAUUAACGUGUUGACAGCGGAUAGCCAACGGAUGUUUGAUGCGGCGGUGUUCGGCCCCUUGCUGUUGUCCAGUGUACCAGUAUCAAUUCUGCUUAGCGUCUUCUACUGCUGCUAUGUUCUUGGAUAUACCGCCCUCAUCGGAUUCUCUGUCUACCUUGUCUCUAUCUCUUCACAGUUCUGGAUUAACAGGGUGAUAAACAUGUUCCGGAGUAAAGUUGCUGUGGUAACGGAUAGUCGAGUAUGCACCAUGAACGAGGUUCUCACCUACAUCAAGCUCAUCAAGAUGUACGCCUGGGAGGAGUCCUUUGAGAAGAAGAUCGCAGACAUCCGUAAGGAAGAGAGAGGUCUUCUCCAGAAGGCUGGUUAUGUGCAGAGUAUUAACAAUGCUAAUCCGGUCAUCGUCCCCUCCCUGGCCACCAUCCUCAUGUUUGUCAUUCAUACACACCUCGGACUUCCUCUGGACUCCUCCACGGCCUUCACCAUCAUUGCCGUCUUUAAUUCAAUGAAUUUCUUUCUGGGCUUUCUGCCGGAGAUUGUCAAAAGUGUUGCUGAGGCCGUUGUGUCCCUGGCACGUUUCAAGAAGCUAUUGUUGCAGCAGAACCCUGAGUCCUAUCUGACCCAGAAGAAGGGGCUGGGAGCGGCUCUGGUGAUGGAGAACGCCUCCUUCUCCUGGAAGUCACCUGACAGCUCAUCUGAGACCACACACGAAAACACACACGAAAACACACACGAAAACACACACGAAAAGUCAAAGAACAAACCCACCCUCAGCAACAUCAGCUUCUCCCUGCGCAAGGGAAACUUGCUGGGAGUUUGUGGAAAUGUGGGCUGUGGAAAAACAUCUGUCAUAUCCAGCAUCUUAGAGCAGAUGCACCUGCUGAAGGGUUCAGUGAUGGCGGACGGGGCGUUUGCCUACGUUUCCCAUAAAAUUGGUGAGCGUGGACUGAACCUGUCGGGCGGUCAGAAGCAGCGGAUCAGUCUGGCCCGAGCGCUCUACUCAAACCGGGACAUCUACCUGCUGGAUGACCCAUUGUCAGCAUUGGACUCUCAUGUUGGCAAACACAUCUUCAAGGAGUGUGUUAAAAAGGCCCUGAAGGGCAAAUCGGUCAUCCUGGUCACUCACCAGUUACAGUACCUGGAGUUCUGUGAUGAUGUGCUGCUUCUUGAGGAUGGUGAGAUUAAGGAGGCGGGGACACACACGUCUCUGAUGAAGGCUCAGGGCCGCUACGCUCAGCUCAUCAACAACUUCCAGCUGGAGCAGACGAACGAGAAGAAUGUGAAAUUGCAAGCAAAACCUCCGUCAGCUGCAGGCAAAAACACAAGCAAUGGAGUAAUCAACCCAGCGUUUGACAUGUCGGAUGAAGUGGAGGAGGGAGAAGAUGCUGGACAUACCCCUGCUAAGACAGAUUCGGAGAACCAGCUGGUCAAACAGGAAGUCACUCAGGAGGGAUCAGUGACAUGGCGGAUAUACCACCAGUACUGCAAAGCUGCAGGAGGUUAUAUCCUUCUCUCCUUCAUCAUGCUGAUAUUUGUUUUGCUGGUGGGGACGACAGCCUUCAGCAACUGGUGGCUAAGCUACUGGAUGGAACAAGGAUCAGGGAACUGGGCGAACUUCACUCUUCAGGGAGCCUCUACAGGAGACGUCUCCCUUAAUCCCGACCUGCACUUUUACCAGAUGGUCUACGGCCUCACUGCGGUUGCCAUGGUAAUCUUUUGCCUCAUCAAAGGCUACUCCUUCACCAAGGUGACGCUAGGUGCAUCCUCCAAGCUCCAUGACACAAUGUUUCAUAAGAUCCUCUUCAGUCCGAUGAGCUUCUUUGAUACCACGCCCACGGGCCGCAUGGUGAACCGGUUCUCCAAGGACCAGGAUGAGCUGGACACAGCUCUGCCCUUCCACAUGGACAACUUGCUGCAGUUCGGCCUCAUGAUCACCUUCAUCAUCAUCAUCAUCUCCUCCGCCUUCCCCUUCAUGGUCAUUGCCAUGGCCGUGUUUGGACUUUUCUGCGCACUCCUCUCCUAUAUGUCCCAGCGGACCAUCCGUGAAAUGAAGCGUUUGGAGAACGUGAGUCGCUCACCGUGGAUCUCUCUCACUACCUCAGUCAUCCAAGGCCUCAGUACUGUACACGCUUACGACAAGAGAGAGCAGUACAUCAACCAAUUCAAUCACGUAAUGGACACCAACUCUAACCAUCUCCUGCUGUUUUACUGUGGAGUACGCUGGCUGAUUUUCUGGUUGAGUGCAAUGUCUUCCACAGCCAUCCUGAUGGUGGCGCUGUUCGUUGUACUCAGUAGCUCAGACACCAUCAGCCCCUCCAUGAAGGGCCUUGUCCUGUCCUACACCAUAGAUCUCACUACAAUGCUGCAGUAUUUCUUUAGGAUUUUAUCAGAAGUGGAAGCCAGAUUUACCUCCGUUGAGCGCCUGAUGGAAUACAUCACGGGUUGUGUGUCGGAGGCUCCUCGGCGGAUACAGGGAGUUCACAUUCCAGAGGGUUGGCCCCAUCAAGGUUCCAUCACCUUCAAGGACUACAACAUGCGUUACCGGGACAACACACCCAUUGUGCUCAACAGCCUGUGCAUCACCAUCAAGCCCAAAGAGAAGCUCGGCAUUGUGGGAAGGACUGGAUCUGGCAAGUCAUCUUUGGGCGUGGCGCUGUUCCGCCUGUCUGAGCCAGCAGGGGGCACUGUGCUGAUAGAUGAGGUGAACACCAGUUCCAUCGGCCUGCAGGACCUCAGGAGUCAGCUGUCCGUCAUCCCACAGGACCCAGUGCUCUUCAUAGGAACAGUCAGAUAUAACCUGGACCCGUUUGAUAAGCACAGCGAUGGGGAGAUCUGGCAAGCUCUGGAGAAGUGCUAUAUGAAACGCACAAUCUCACAACUCCCUGAAUGUCUGGAAGCUCUGGUGGUGGAAACUGGACAGAACUUCUCAGUGGGGGAGAGACAGCUGCUGUGUAUGACCAGAGCACUGCUGAGGAACUCUAGAAUCAUCUUGCUGGAUGAGGCCACAGCCUCUAUUGACUCGGAGAUGGACUCUCUGGUGCAGCAGACCAUCCAGGAGGCCUUCAGAGACUGCACUGUCCUCACCAUCGCCCACCGCAUCAACACCGUCCUGCAGUGUGACCGCAUCCUUGUCAUGGACAACGGAAAAGUGGCAGAGCUGGACCCUCCGGAGGUUCUGAUGCAGCGGCCAGACUCUCUGUUCUCCUCCCUGCUGGCAGCAGCUAACCAGGUCAACACGUGA